ACAGCACUUUUCAUUUGACAACAUGUCAGGUUGCUAUCUAGUUAGCUAGCCUGCAGGAUAAAUUCAUUCACAAUGGACAGAAAUAAAUAGAUACAGCUUAUUUAACAGCGGUUAAGAAGAUAUGGUGUUGCAACGUGAACGAUUGUCUUGCUUUUAGCUGAGUUCGCUUCAGUCAAAAGUCAUCGAAAGCAGCACAAUCAAAAGAGAAGACUAAGAGUGUGCCAUGGCGGCUGGUGUUAGCCUGCUGACUGAUGUGCCCUACUCUUCCUCUGGGGACCUCAACACAGGCAACAGCAUGAACACAGUCAGUACUCGGGUCCCCACAGCCAAGUACACCAAGGUGGGGGAGACUUUGAGACAUGUGAUCCCAGGUCACAUGCAGUGCUCCAUGGCGUGUGGAGGGAGGGCCUGUAAAUACGAGAACCCGGCCCGCUGGAGUGACAAGGAGCAGGCCGUUAAGGGACUGUACUCCUCAUGGAUAACUGACAACUUGCUGGCGAUGGCAAGGCCUUCUACUGAAAUCCUCGAGAAAUACAAUAUCAUAGAGCAGUUUACAAGGUGUGGCCUUCGUACGGUGAUCAACCUGCAGCGUCCCGGGGAACACGCCAGCUGUGGCAACCCUCUGGAACAUGACUCUGGAUUCACCUACAGACCUGAGGUGUUCAUGGAGGCUGGCAUUUAUUUCUAUAACUUUGGCUGGAAGGACUACGGCGUGGCGUCCCUGACUACUAUACUGGACAUGGUCAAGGUGAUGUCGUUCGCCAUCCAGGAGGGAAAGAUGGCCGUGCACUGUCACGCCGGUCUAGGGAGGACAGGUGUAUUACUGGCGUGUUAUCUGGUGUUCACCUCUCGUAUGAGUGCGGACCAGGCAAUCCUGUUUGUCAGAGCCAAGCGGCCCAACUCCAUCCAGACCCGAGGCCAGCUGCUGUGUGUCCGGGAGUUCGCCCAGUUCCUGGUUCCAUUGAGGAACGUGUUCUCCUGCGCAGAACCCCGGGCCAACACUGUUACGCUGUCCCAGUACUUGACUCGCCAACGCCACCUGCUGCACGGGUACGAGGCGCGGCAGAUGAAGAACGUGCCAAAGAUCGUCCAGCUGGUCUGCAAAGUCCUCCUGGACAUCGCUGCCAAUAGACAGGUGGUGGUGGAGGAGGCGGUGUUGGAGGUUCCAGACCUGACGGCGGAGGUGGAGAAGACAGUGUCCCAGCAGGCCAUCCAGCUGCUGGGGAAGGAGAUGAGAGGGAAGGGCAUCCCUGUGCCUUCAUCCCGCCUGCCUUGUCCCCGCCCUGAGACAGCCCUAACCCAGCCAUGUCCCCACCCUGAGACAGCCCUAACCCAGCCUUGUCCCCGCCCUGAGACAGCCCUAACCCAGCCUUGUCCCCACCCUGAGACAGCCCUAACCCAGCCUUGUCCCCACCCUGAGACAGCCCUAACCCAGCCUUGUCCCCACCCUGAGACAGCCCUAAUCCAGCCUUGUCCCCGCCCUGAGACAGCCCUAACCCACACACUACACAUGGAACGACCUCUCACUCCAAACCUAGCACUACUCCAGGAACCAUCGUUACUCUUAGAGCCCCCUCUCAGCCCAGCCCUGGCCCACGACCCGGUUCUGUCCAGUGACCAGGAGCUGGACCCUCUGUGGCAGCGGCAGAAUGGGGUGGCAGCCUCCCUCCUGAAGCCUCUGCAUCCGGGGAAACGCUUGCUGAGUUACAGUGACUCAGCCUUGUAUAAGCUAGACCCCAGACGAGACCCAGACCAGGAGCAGAACCAGAACCACAUCUGGAGCAUCCCUUGCGGCAAUCCUCUGACCCAGCACCAGCUAGCCACAGCCUGGGAGCCCCCCACAUCCCCUAGCCUCCCUCCACAGCACCACCCCUUCUCCAUGGGAGAGCAGACAAGGGAGGAGAGGCGAGGAGGACAGGAAAGGAGUUCUAAGGAGAGUGAUCACCACACCCAGAAGAACAUGUCUCCUCUCUUCCAGAGACGGAAGCAGCUCUGCGAGGGCCAGCGAAGUCUGUCCUUUGGGUUUGGGGGUAGUCUGUCCAAGCCCUCAGGAGAAGAGCUGUCAGAGGGGAGGCCGUGGAGAGGAGAUAUGCCUGUGAUGAGCCUUACAGGAGGAGAGGAGUCUGUGUGUGAGGUAGGCAGGGCUGGAGACAGAGAGGAAAGAGUGAGGGGGAAGGCUGGAGAAAGAGAGGACAGAGAGGAACGGAAGGACAGAGAGGACAGGGAGAGGCUGACAGAGGUCCCUGUCAUCACCCUGUAUGCUGAGCUGUCCCUGGAAGCCAGACGUCUGCUGGUGGCCAGAGCUCUGGCUUUGGGCCUGAAUGAUGAAGAUCUCCACUACAAGGUCUCAGUGUGGCAGACAGAGCUGAACUCCAGAGAAGGAGCCUGGGAGAGGCUGAGUCUAGAGAGAGACCCUAUGGUGCUGGCUGGUCUCAUGUGGUCCUGGCUGGAGCAGCUCAAAGAGCCAAUCAUCUCCUCUCAGGAUGUCCAGGCCCUGGGCCAGAAAAACUACAACUCUCAGCAUGCACUCAGUUCUCUGGAGAAGGGCCACAGACUGACCCUGCUCUGCAUCCUGGACUGUGCUGCUCAUCUGCUGGCCUUACCUGACAAGGAGGAAGCUGACUUCCUCAAUCACACCAUCAAGGUGUUCACUAAGAUCUCCUCAGAGAGUGACCAUGUUCUACACCAGACACUGAUGGCCACCCUGACUCCCAUCCUGCAUCAGUUGAGAGACAGAGCCGAGGAGGAGAUGGAGUCGACCAACCACUCCUCCUGAUGUUCCCUUGGACCCCUUCUCUCCUCUCCCCCCACCCCCCCUGUUCUUUGCUUCUAGUUUAACUCAGCUCUGUUUUGACCAGCUAACCUCCUCCCGCCUCUCCUCCCCUUCUUUCUCUCUCCUGGCCCAACGUUAAAGGAAAACUCCACCCAAAACUAUAUUUUGGAAUUUGUUUCAUUAGUCCAGUGUUGACAUAGUCCCAAACUGUUUUGCUUGUCAGCAAUCAAGUUGUUAAGUUAUGUAACUAAUGCGUCAUAUGGGGAUGAUUCUGUAUUUUGAAAGUUACAUAUCUUGGAAACUUGAUUGCUGAUAGUCCCAAACUGUUUUGCUUAUGUCAACAUUGGACUAAUGAAAGAAAUACCAAAAGAUAGUUUUUAGGUGGAGUUUUCCAUUAAGCUCUGUCCUGACUAGCUAACGGACGAUGCUGCUGCGCUGCGUUCCCUACUGUUACCAAGCUUUAGAUAAAAUAAUGAUGAUGUUGUAUGACAACGUGAUGUGAUUUCAGCAUCAAGGUUUGUUUUUGUUUGUUUUUAGCUAUUUCUUACUGUUAGUUUUUUAAAUGUAAAACUGCCAUACUGUGUUAAUGUGCCAGGUGAUGUUUCAGCUACAUGACUUAGUGUUCUGAUCUCAUCCAUCUACUACUGUAGGUUUUGCUGUGGAAACGGAUGGUAGUCCCAAAUAGCACCCUUUUCCCUAUAUAGUGCACUACUUUAGACCAGGGCCCUUUUCCCUAUAUAGUGCACUACUUUAGACCAGAGCCCAAUGGGUCAUUGUCAAGAGUAUGUAGUGCACUAUAUAGGGAAUAGGGUGUUGGUCGGUACGUUGGUUUUUGUCAGCAUUGACUGGAAAGGGAAUCCUGAUGAAAUGAAUGUAAAUGUUAUUUUAUUUCAGUGAAGAAUUGAACUUCUGCUUUGAAGCUGAAGAAGAGAAAAAAAAUAAAAACUUGAUUUAAUUUGAACCAAAAUAUAUUUUCACUGUCUAAAACUAACCAAUGUGUUAUUUAUUGGACUUCUCACUUGAUUAGAAAAACAUGAUGAAACAGGAUGUCCCAAAUAGCACCCUAUUGCCUAUAUAGUGCACUACUUUAGACCAGAGCCCUAUUGCCUAUAUAGUGCACUACUUUAGACCAGAGCCCUAUUGCCUAUAUAGUGCACUACUUUAGACCAGAGCCCUAUUGCCUAUAUAGUGCACUACUUUAGACCAGGGCCCUAUUCCCUAUAUAGUGCACUACUUUAGACCAGAGCCCUAUUCCCUAUAUAGUGCACUACUUCAGACCAGAGUCCGAUUCCCUAUAUUGUGCACUACGUUAGACCAGAGUCCUAUUCCCUAUAUAGUGCACUACGUUAUACCAGAGUUCUAUUCCCUAUAUUGUGCCGUGGGCUCUAGUCAGAAGUAGUGCACUAUAUAGGGAAUAGAGUGCCAUUUGGGAUGCAGGCCGACAAAAUGCAGAACGACAAAAUGCAGAACUUGAUAUGUUAAUUAGUAAAUUGCUUAGCUAGAUUCAAAUGCAACUGGAAAUGUAAUGCAAACUAGCUGGUGACAGUAAUUGUCCUUUUAAAGCAAUACUGUAAUUUUUGUCCUCAUCUUAAAUAAUACACCAAAAACACCUGACUGAGACAUGAGAAAACAUUGUACUGUAUAAAAGGUCAUUCCCACUGGGCACUGAUUCAACCAGUGUGUUCCCAGUGCGUUAGGACGACUUCAUCAAAACCUGCCUCCAACCACCUCUGCAUUUAAACGCUCUCUGCCUCAACUACUAUAAUGGCCUGAUAUGGGGAUCUAUAAUGUCACUGUGUUUAUUAGUUAACUACUAUAAUGGCCUGAUAUGGGGAUCUGUAAUGUCACUGUGUUUAUUAGUUAACUACUAUAAUGGCCUGAUAUGGGGAUCUAUAAUGUUACUGUGGUUAUUAGUUAACUACUAUAAUGGCCUGAUAUGGGGGAUCUAUAAUGUCACUGUGUUUAUUAGUUAACUACUAUAAUGGCCUGAUAUGGGGAUCUAUAAUGUCACUGUGUUUAUUAGUUAACUACUAUAAUGGCCUGAUAUGGGGAUCUGUAAUGUCACUGUGUUUAUUAGUUAACUACUAUAAUGGCCUGAUAUGGGGAUCUAUAAUGUCACUGUGUUUAUUAGUUAACUACUAUAAUGGCCUGAUAUGGGGAUCUAUAAUGUUACUGUGGUUAUUAGUUAACUACUAUAAUGGCCUGAUAUGGGGGAUCUAUAAUGUCACUGUGUUUAUUAGUUAACUACUAUAAUGGCCUGAUAUGGGGAUCUAUAAUGUCACUGUGUUUAUUAGUUGACUACUAUAAUGGCCUGAUAUGGGGGAUCUAUAAUGUCACUGUGUUUAUUAGUUAACUACUAUAAUGGCCUGAUAUGGGGAUCUAUAAUGUCACUGUGUUUAUUAGUUAACUACUAUAAUGGCCUGAUAUGGGAUCUGUACUGUUGUCUCUAAAGGAAACACUGUAGAUUGUUGAACACCGUAGCCGCUAAGACUACUCUGACCUCACUUACUGGACUGGCGUCCCAAAUGGAAAACUACUCCCUUUAUAGUGCACUACUAUUCCUUUUGGGUCUAAAGUAGUGUACUAUAUAUGGAAUAGGGUGCCAUUUGGGAUGCAGGCCCAGGAGACAAUGUAAAGACAACACUUUGUCAAGUAAUGUAGGUCUGUUUGAUGGGCCGGUGGCCCACUGCAGACGUGUAACACUGACAGAAGCCCUCCAGUUUAACUAAGGGACGUAAACUCCAGUCUAACUAAGGGACGUAAACUCCAGUUUAACUAAGGGACGUAAACUCCAGUUUAACUAAGGGACGUAAACUCCAGUUUAACUAAGGGACGUAAACUCCAGUUUAACUAAGGGACGUAAACUCCAGUUUAACUAAGGGACGUAAACUCCAGUUUAACUAAGGGACGUAAACUCCAGUUUAACUAAGGGACGUAAACUCCAGUUUAACUAAGGGACGUAAACUCCAGUUUAACUAAGGGACGUAAACUCCAGUUUAACUAAGGGACGUAAACUCCAGUUUAACUAAGGGACGUAAACUCCAGUUUAACUAAGGGACGUAAACUCCAGUUUAAGGGGACGGGAGCUGUAGCUCCAUUAAAGGGACGGGAGCUGUAGCUCCAUUAAAGGGACGGGAGCUGUAGCUCCAUUAAAGGGACGGGAGCUGUAGCUCCAUUAAAGGGACGGGAGCUGUAGCUCCAUUAAAGGGACGGGAGCUGUAGCUCCAUUAAAGGGACGGGAGCUGCAGCUCCAUUAAAGGGACGGGAGCUGCAGCUCCAUUAAAGGGACGGGAGCUGCAGCUCCAUUAAAGGGACGGGAGCUGCAGCUCCAUUAAAGGGACGGGAGCUGUAGCUCCAUUAAAGGGACGGGAGCUGCAGCUCCAUUAAAGGGAUGGUGAUUUCAGAUGUACGUUGUAGCAACGUUGUACUGUUUAACUGUUCAAGAAGCACAAUUCUUUCAUUGUUACAUUCGUUAUAAAUACAUUAAAUGUGCUUAACAUGUGA